AUGACAUAUGAGGAAAAAAUUGAGGAUGAGAAAUUGAGGGAGAAGUCAAGAGGGUUUAAGAAGGCUAGAGUUUAUGGUGGAGGGUUUACUCACCAAAAUUCCGGUUACAGUGGUGGUGGAAAGGGCCAAGGUGGGAAAAGAUUCAUGGGGCAAGGUCUCAUCAAUAUUCCUCCUCUAAGGUUCAACAAGGACAAAGGUGCCAAUCCUAUGGUUCCAAGGAAGAAUCUGGGUGCUCAAACUUUCCUCGCUUGCAAGAAGUGUAGGAAGACUCAUAAAGAGGAAUGCUUAACCUGUUCUAAUGCAUGCUUCAAGUGCGGUAAACUAGGUCACCAAGCUAGAGAUUGUAGAAGUGGUUGUGGUAGGUGUCACAACUCAACCUAG